GCGUCACAGAUUAUCCACCAACCAAGCGAUGCAAAUGUCGCCGUUUGGCUUCCUGUCUGUUGUUUGAAAUGUAGUGUGCACAGCUCGCGUCGAUAGGUGUUUUUUUUCUGUUUUUGUUUUUUUAACCUCACCUUUUCGCUGAUAUCCACCUGCUCCUCCGGGCUGAUGUUUCAUGUAAAAACCGUGUCAGCCCUGACGCGGGCAGGGGCGGACAUUCCCUUUAAACUCUGCAGCCAAAGACUCCGGUCCACGCUCACCUCCACCGCGGCGACGCAGGCGGUGUCCCAGGACAAUGUCAGCAGCCGCGGCGCUCACCGUGACUCGGCACGGUCGGACUGUACCGGACAGCCGGGGAGAGGAGGGGAAGACGGCACUACAACCCCUGCUAAUGAGAUUUCUGUAGAUUUUGAGCAGACACAGGAGGCUUAUAAGAGCAAAGACUCAUUAGAGCUGCUCAGGAGUUUGGUGGUUUUUAAACUCUGCUCCUUUGACUUCCUGGUUGAUAAAAAUAAAGAGAUAAUGGAUCUAGGCAAGAAGAUCCUGGGCCAGAGAGCCUUCGACCAGUUCAUGAAGAUGACAUUUUAUGGCCAGUUUGUAGCUGGCGAGGACCACAUGACCAUCAGGCCCCUGAUCCAGAAGAAUCAGGCGUUCGGCGUCGGCUCUGUCCUGGAUUACAGUGUGGAGGAAGACAUCAGCCAGGAGGAGGCCGAGCAGAAAGAGAUGGACUCAUGUGUAUCCACUGCAGAGAAGGAGAGCAUAGGCGAGGACCACCGAGAGAGAAAAUAUACAGCGCACAAACAGUUCGGGGACCGUCGCGGGGGAGUCACUGGAGCCCGCACUUACUUCUACGCUGAUGAGGCUAAAUGUGACCAACAUAUGGAGACCUUCAUCAAAUGCAUCAAAGCAUCUGGCGGGAGUUCGAUGGAUGGUUUUUCUGCUAUCAAAAUGACUGCUCUAGGACGACCUCAGUUUCUGCUCCAGUUCUCAGAGGUCCUGGUGAAAUGGCGACGAUUUUUCAGCUUCCUGGCAUCACAGCAGGGAAAAGAUGGCAUGGAAGCCCUCGAGCAAAGACUGGAGCUUAAACAACUACAGGAUUUCCUGAUCAAACUGGGUGCAAAAGGUGACUUCUAUGGCUGGUUUAGUGGAAGCAAAAAGGAAUCUUCAGGAACCAUUGACAUGCUCGACUGGAACAGCCUAAUAGAUGACAGAACAAACAUAUCAGAUCUGCUGGUCGUCCCAAACUUAGAGCUAGGUGAGCUGGUGCCUCUGCUGGAGACUUUCACUGUAGAGGAGGAGAGGCAAAUGAAGAGGAUGUUGCAACGCAUGGAUGUCUUAGUCAAGCACGCCAUUGAGAAUGGUGUUCGAUUAAUGGUGGAUGCAGAGCAAACCUACUUCCAGCCAGCUAUCAGUAGACUCACAUUAGAGAUGCAGAGGAUCUACAACAGAGAAAAGCCUGUCAUCUUCAACACCUACCAAUGCUACCUCAAGGAGGCUUAUGAUAAUGUAACUAUGGACGUAGAAUUGUCUCGACGUGAGGGUUGGAGCUUUGCUGCCAAGCUGGUCCGUGGGGCCUACAUGUAUCAGGAGCGAGAGAGGGCCAACGAGAUUGGUUAUGAGGACCCUAUUAACCCUGAUUAUGAGUCAACCAAUAUAAUGUACCACAGGUGUCUGGACUAUGUGCUGGAUGAGAUUGCACUCAACAGAAAUGCCAAUGUGAUGGUGGCUUCCCAUAAUGAGGAUACAGUGAAGCACACCUUGAGGAGAAUGAAUGGGCUCGGUCUCUUACCCACAGAGAACAAAGUGUACUUUGGACAACUGCUGGGAAUGUGUGAUCAGAUCAGCUUUCCAUUGGGCCAGGCAGGCUUUCCUGUCUAUAAGUACGUCCCCUACGGCCCGGUGAAUGAGGUGAUGCCAUACCUGUCUCGGAGAGCCCAGGAGAACCGGGGCUUCAUGAAGGGUGCCCAAAAGGAGAGGGAGCUGCUGUGGCAGGAACUGAAACGCAGACUUGCCUCUGGGGAGCUUCUCUACAGACCAGCGUACUGAAAACACAGAAGAAGAGACAAAGAGGAGAGUAUGUCAGCCCGUCAAGUUUUUUUUUUCUUUUUUUCUCCAUUGUUGUUUUUGUUGACGGCUGCUGCUGUGGCUGUCUGUUCUGUCUCUCCCUCAGUACAGCUAUCCCUGUCUCCUGUUUUACCCUGUCCUUGAGUUUUCUUGCUGACGAACUGCUUUGGCAUGUCACUCUCUUUUUCUCUUCCUACUGUUGUUUUUCUCCUCUUCCUCGCUGAUGUUACCCAACUUCACCCCCAUUCUUUCUACUGUGUACUGCACAUGUUCUCUCUUUCUUUUCCUUAUCCCCCUCUGCAUCCACAAGCAUCCCUCAUUUUGUCUUCCCAUUGUCUAUAGAGCUCUGGUAUCCAUCAAGUGGGCAUCUUUACUGCUCCAAAAGGACUCCCUAAAAUGUCAACGAGACCAGGGCGGGCGUCUCUUUUUAUCACCUCAUUUAUCUUGAAGAGGGACAACAAUAAUAAAAAUAACAUUCUUGAUUUAAAUGAUAGUAAAAGAAACAUCAAUAUUUCCCUCUUAUAUUAUGUUUUUUUGACUCUUGCACAGUCACACAGUCCCCCAUGGAGACUUCUCUGUACUGUAUUUUGUUUGCGGUUAUAUUGCUGGUUUGAAAAUGAUGUCUGUUUCUGAAUCAAUGGGAAUGAAUAAACGGCUGCUCAUAACACAUCCCUAUCUUCUAAGAGUGUGGCGCUUUUGUAUUUACUGGAGGAAGGUAUAUUGUUGGUCACUGAGGUGUUACAAGGGAACAUGCAGCGUUCAGUAUUCAGUGAGUGAAUCUCCUUUUGAUACAGAUUCCUGCAAGUAGUCUGGCAGGUUGUUUUUUUUUUUUUUCAUGAUAAUAUGCAAGGGAAUAAACAGUCAGGUGGUUGGCUUUUGGUUUCAUUGUAUUUUAAUGGAUUAACACUGUGCUUUUUUUUUUUUUUUAUCUUUGGCAAUGUAAAUAUGUUUGAAGCAGGUAAUCCCAUCUGUUGGUUUUACAUGUCUCAUGUUAUGUACCUGUUCAAUGAAUAAAUGUGCAUUGUAUGAAUAUCAAAAGUCUCCUUCAGAAUUUUGUUAAAAAGAGGACUGCAUGUUAUUGAGUGCAAUAUCGUAGCUGUGAGCUAUUUUGUACAACUUCUGAGACAUCUUCCGCUUGGUUAUUGAUACACAAUUAGUAUUUGAGUCAGAGGGUAACCAAGCUUCAUGAUAAUUAUGGCCUUGUCAUUUUAUGAGAGCAGUCAGCGCUCUGUAGACCAUCAUUUAAUUACCCAUGAUGCUACGCUCAAUACAGAUCACAGAAAUUGGAUGCAUUAAUCA